AUGGUUAUGCAUAUGCUAAUUGCUUUUCAAUUAAUUAACAACGAAUCAUUCGAUUUGGCUAAGAUCGUUACGGCCAUAAAUUUCCUCUCUUUGGUCGAAGCUUUAAUGAUCAUGCCGACCACACUUCUUUGUUCGGCCAUCAUUCGUUCGGAAUUCGGAAUAAAUGACGAGUGUGUGGAAAUGGAAAUUGGUGAUGCUUGUAGUGAUAUUAUUGCAAUGAAAACAACCACAAAACAAAAAUCUGAAGCAAAAUGUGAUAAAAAAAUCAAAGAAAAUAUCGUCGAUGGAGGAUUAUUACUUGAUAAGUCGCAUAGCUCUGCUGAAGCAUUGUUUUCAUUUGAUGAAGAUCAACCAGAAAGUGAUGACGAUGAAGAUUUGGGUAAAUCUAAAGGAAUAUAUUUUAAUGAAUUAGCGUCUGAGGCCGAAUCAGAUGAUUCAGGCAAUGGUGAUGCUAAAGAAUUAGCUAGUGGAAUAAGGUGUUCUGGGAAUUCAGCGAUACACUCCGCUGCAUUAUAUUCCACAAGGAGCAGUGAAGGAAAAGCAAAUGUGGAAACAGGUAUAGGUGCUCUUGCAUAUGGGACUUCUUUACCAAUAACUAUUCCUAAGGGAUGCUUUUGGCCACCACGUGAAGCUCGCGAUAGUUAUGAUAGUAAAGCACGUGGUUCGGAUGAAGAGAACGCUAGUCGUAAAGUGAAGACAAUAUUGCCACAGCGUACUGAAAAAGAUCUCUAUGAAGAAAUGCGUGCACAAUCUCGUUCAAUACAAGCUCCGGAUGAUCCUGAGCGUUUAUUUGGUGAGCGUCCACGUCGUCGACGACAUAAAACACGAGAAGAUGAUGUAAGUGGUGAUUCCGCUAAUUUACUGCCACAUCAUGAGAACGCUGUAGUUGUCUUUGCUUCUGUUACCGAUUCCAAAUAG